UUCCCCCUUAUAUAAGAACCUUGCUGCUGGUUUACUCCUACCACUUGAAUGUCAGCCACGCAGAGGAUCCUCUGCGCUCUUUCUCACUCUUUCCCUCGUUCACUUCCUCCUAUUUCGUCUUCCUCCUCCUCUUUCAAAUCUCCGCCUAUUCUUUUCCUUCCCUUCUCUCGUCAUUACAGGAUUUUAGCUCGUUCCGUGCUUAUCUCUCCUUCACCAAUGCCUCGCAAUCAGGGAGCUGGUCGGCACAAAGAACCAAAAUCCAAAGAGAAACCUGAACCUGACAGGAUUUCAUCGGCCACCGCAGACGCGACAGGUGCUGCGGCUGAAGCUGUUACUCACAGACUGGCUGAAAUGCGUAUUGCUGAAAACAGCGGCCAAACCGGUGUUACAGCUGCAGCCAUACAGUUUGGAGGCGUCCAACCUGCUUGUCCAAAGACAGCCUCGAAACCCAAAUCCUAUGGAACAGUGAGCGGAGCCACAGUAGAUAAAGUUGAAGCAGAAGUGGCUUCAACCAAAAAUAGUAUUGCUGCUUUGAGUAGGAAUAAUCUGAUAGAAAAUUUUACAGUGGACAACUCCGCAUACUCACUUGCUCGUAUAAGAGCUACUUUCUACCCCAAAUUUGAAAAUGAAAAGUCAGAUCAAGAGAUCAGGACAAGGAUGAUUGAGAUGGUAUCUAAAGGUUUGGCUACAUUAGAGGUCUCACUUAAACACUCUGGUUCCCUUUUUAUGUAUGCUGGACACAAGGGAGGAGCUUAUGCGAAAAACAGUUUUGGAAAUAUAUAUACUGCUGUGGGUGUAUUUGUUCUUGGACGGAUGUUUCAUGAGGCUUGGGGCACUGAAGCGAUGAAAAAGCAAGUUGAAUUUAAUGAGUUUCUUGAGAGAAACCAUAUGUGCAUAUCGAUGGAACUAGUAACUGCUGUUCUUGGAGACCAUGGACAACGUCCUAAUGAAGAUUUUGUGGUAGUCACAGCGGUCACUGAACUGGGCAAAGGAAAGCCUAAGUUUUAUUCGACUCCUGAGAUAAUUGCUUUCUGCAGAAAAUGGCGCCUACCUACAAAUCAUGUGUGGUUGUUUUCUACAAGGAAGUCAGUUUCAUCCUUCUUUGCUGCCUUUGAUGCCUUAUGUGAAGAGGGUACUGCUACACCUGUCUGUAAGGCUCUUGACGAAAUUGCUGAUACAUCCAUACCAGGUUCAAAGGAUCAUGUAAAAGCCCAAGGUGAAAUCUUGGAGGGUCUUGUGGCCCGUAUUGUUGCUCGGGAGAGCUCAAGCCAUAUGGAACAAGUUUUAAAAGAAUUCCCUCCUCCUCCUGCUGAUGGAGUUGGCCUUGAUUUUGGACCGAAUCUCAGAGAAAUUUGUGCUGCAAAUAGGUCCGAUGAAAAGCAGCAAAUAAAAGCCCUUCUCGAGAGUGUUGGCAGUUCCUUUUGCUCAGACCACUCAGACUGGUUUGGGCCUGAUGGUGCUGAUGGUCACUCAAGAAACGCUGAUAGAUCUGUUCUUUCAAAGUUUUUACAGGCCAAUCCUGCGGACUAUUCCACUAGGAAAUUGCAGGAAAUUGUUCGGUUGAUGAGAGAAAAACGCUACCCUGCUGCAUUCAAAUGUUACCAUAACUUCCAUGAAGUAGAUGCUAUGGCACGUGAUAACCUUUUCUACAGAAUGGUUAUUCAUGUACACAGUGAUUCUGCUUUUCGACGAUACCAUCACAAUUUCAGGCAUAAACCCGGAUUAUGGCCACUAUAUCGAGGUUUUUUUGUUGAUAUCAAUUUAUUCAAGGCAAACAAGGAGAGAUCUGGUGAAAUCUCCAAGAGCAAUGACAAUGUGGUUGAAAAUGGCACCAGCACCUCUGGAAAUGACUUUGCAGAUGAAGAUGCUAACUUGAUGGUCAAAUUGAAAUUUCUUACAUAUAAGUUGCGAACCUUUUUGAUUCGAAAUGGUCUGUCUAUUCUAUUUAAAGAAGGUCCAGGUGCUUACAAGGCUUAUUACCUUAGGCAAAUGAAAAUUUGGGGCACUUCUCCUGGAAAGCAGAGAGAACUCAGCAAGAUGCUUGACGAAUGGGCUGUGUAUAUAAGAAGGAAAUAUGGAAAUAAACAGCUCUCAUCAUCAAUAUAUCUUAGCGAAGCUGAACCUUUCCUUGAGCAGUUUGCAAAACGCAGUCCACAAAACCAAGCUUUAGUGGGUUCUGCUGGUAAUUUAGUGAGAAGCGAAGAUUUUAUGGCCAUUGUUGAUGAAGGGCGCGAUGAAGAAGGUGAUCUUGAGGUAGAGCGGGAAAUACCAUCACCAAAGUCUAGUACAUUGGCUAUGAACACUGUUGCAAAACAGGACGGGUUGAUUGUAUUUUUUCCUGGAAUUCCUGGAUGUGCUAAGUCUGCUCUUUGCAAAGAGUUGCUAAAUUCCCCAGAUGUAUUUGGGGAUAACCGACUAGUUCAUAGUCUUAUGGGUGAUCUGGUUAAAGCUAAGUAUUGGCCGAAGGUGGCUGACGAGUGCAGGAAGAAGCCUUAUUCUAUAAUGCUUGCUGACAAGAAUGCACCCAAUGAAGAAGUUUGGAGACAAUUAGAAGACAUUUGUAACAAAACGAGAGCCUCUGCUGUUCCAGUUGUGCCUGAAUCUGAAGGAACUGACUCAAAUCCAUAUUCCCUUGAUGCAUUGGCUGUUUUCAUGUUUCGAGUGCUUCAACGAGUCAACCAUCCGGGUAGUCUUGACAAAGCAUCUCCAAAUGCUGGUUACGUGCUGCUAAUGUUUUAUCAUCUUUAUGAAGGCAAGAGUCGUCGAGAAUUUGAGGGCGAAUUAAUUGAGCGUUUUGGCUCACUUGUCAAGAUGCCUUUGUUAAAGUCAGAUAGGAAUCCCCUUCCUCAGCAAGUACAGUCCAUUUUGGAGGAGGGCAUAAAUCUAUAUAAGCUUCACACCAAGAGACAUGGCAGAUUAGAGUCUACCAAGGGAUCCUAUGCCAAGGAAUGGACCAUGUGGGAGAGAAAAUUACGUGAGAUUCUUUUUGGAAAUGAUGAGUAUCUUAAUUCAAUUCAGGUUCCAUUUGAGGUUGCUGUCAAAGAAGUCUCAGAACAAUUAAGGACCAUUGCCAAGGGUGAUUAUACGCCACCGGACACUGAGAAGAGGAAAUUUGGAUCCAUUGUUUUCGCUGCGCUCAGUCUGCCCGUUACAGAAAUUCAAGGAGUCCUCAAGAAUAUAGCUUCGAGUGAUCCUUCAGUGGAAGCUUUUCUUAAAGGCAAGCAUUUAGAGAAUCUGCAGAGAGCCCACGUGACUCUUGCCCACAAGAGAAGUCAUGGCGUGAAGGCUGUUGCGGAUUAUGGCGCGUUCUUGCAUGAAAAGGUGCCGGUGGAAUUGAAAGCUUUGCUCUUCUCAGACGAAAUGGCUGCAUUUGAAGCUUGUCCUGGCUCACUGGAAGGUGAAAAGAUAGUUUCCAAAAAUGCAUGGCCUCAUAUCACUCUGUGGACUGCUGAAGGGGUUUUAGCCAAAGAAGCCAACGCGUUACCGGAGUUGUUUAAGCAGGGCAAAGCAUGUCGCGUUGACUUGAAUCCUCCCGUCGCCGUAACUAGCACAGUUGAGUUUUUCUAAGCCUCUUUUUGCUAUUCAUUCCUUUCUUGAAAAAUAAGAAAGAAUAGAAUAAAAAUACAUGCUCGUGCAUAGCAAAACCAGAUGAGUAGACUUGCACUGGGUUUUAUAGAGAAUGGUGAGAGUUGAUGGGGAAAAAUUUUGUAGGAGCCAGCAUUUUCUCCUGUGUAUGCGGCACACAUACAUGUGAUGUCUUGUUGCCCCCGGAGUUAUCUGUUCGAAAACAUUUUAUUCUGAUACAGCAAGAUGUAAAAUAAUAUCAUCUAAUUAUUUCACUUUCGUCUUUAGAUGAAUUCA